AUGUGGUUAUUUGGUCUGAAAGAACCGUUUCAUGACGUUAGAGUGGAUCCUUCUCUUUUAACAGAUCUUGCUGCUGCCCUGCCGAACCUGAGCGAGAAUGGUUAAAAACAAGCGUCCAGAACACCUCUCUUAAGAGAUCUAGCUGUGAACGGAAAUCGGCCUUUGGUAGCAUCCGACCGUUUCCCUGUGAGAACAUUCCUGAUGUAUGUUUAGGGCAGGGAAGGACAUUCACUUAGAUUCUGGUUGCAAUUUUUUCUUCUGUGUCCUCCAUCUAUGUUUGGAGGCCUUGUGAGUGCUAAUGCAAACUGUCCGCAUCUACGGAAGUCUGGAAGCCGAGUAGUUGUUUCUGACAUUGGUAUUGUUGAGUCGGGAAGUGGUGCUGAAGAUUUUCUGCAUGCAACUGAGGUGAAUGAAAUGAAGGGUGUCAGCACUCCAUUGGCCAGCAAGGCAAUAUUGCCAUCUCCAGUCUUGCUUUGGAGAUUUAAGGUACUUCUUUUUUUCAUGUGGGGGUUGGCUUGUUGCAAGAUUAGCUGGGAUUCAGUUAUGAGAAUGAGUGCAAACUUGAGGGAUUUAUUUUUAUAUGAGGCUUUUCUGUAUUACAAUCCUCUACUCCUAGUGACUAUGAUGGUUUGGUUUUGGGGUGUGAACUUAUGGGUAUUUAUGCAGUCUAGUGUUAACUAUGCUAAGAUCUUUGACCUCGAUCAGAAUCAUCUCACUCACAGAGAAAUUUGGAGGUGUGCUACCUGGAUGACGAUAAUUGUCCCUACUAGCAUGACCGCCUAUCUAUAUCUUUAUUCGCACGGAGAAGUGUCUUUGGCUGCCUCACAACCAGUGUGCUCUUAUAUGCUGCUCUUGCAAUGGCACUGAUAUCUCCCUUUGAUAUUUUUUAUUUAUCAACUCGUUUCUUUUUCCUGAGGACCUCUUGGAGGAUUGUUUUCCCACUACAGGGAAUUACUUUUCCUGACUUUUUUUUGGCUGAUAUAUUUACGUCCAUGUCAAAGGUAUUUUCAGAUUUGGAGCGUUCAGUUUGUCGAAUGGUUCAUCGCCAGGUAGCCACCAUUGCAUGGUUUGAAGCUGAUUCUGUUUGUGGGAGUCACUCUGUUGCAAUUCCUAUAGUUCUUGUGUUGCCAUAUUUCUUCCGACUCUUUCAAUGUCUUCGGCAAUAUAACGAUACUAAAGAGAAGAACACUUUACUUAAUGCAUUAAAGUAUUCAACUGCGGUACCUGUGAUAUUUCUAUCCGCCCUUAAGUAUCACGUCUUCUCUCAAAACUGGGAUAACUUCUAUCGUCCUUUGUGGCUUCUCUCCAGCGUUUUGAAUUCACUUUACUCAUUCUAUUGGGAUCUGAACAGAGAUUGGGACCUCGGUUGCUUUACUCGAAUUUUCAAGUUCAACAAGCCUCAUUUUUUAUCACACGUGUUAUAUGGACGGAAAUGGGUCUAUGUAUGGGUAAUUGGGAGCAACCUGAUACUACGAUGCACAUGGACAUACAAGCUAUCUGCCCAUCUCCGCCACAAUUACAUAACAUUAUUCACAAUUACAGCCUUGGAGAUUUUCCGGCGCUUCCAGUGGGCCUUCUUCCGUGUGGAAAAUGAGUGGAAUAAAAUGACAAACAAAUCAAACAUUCAGCUCUCCACCACUGAUCUGUCAAGCGAAGAAGAAAAAUUAGUCAACUCCAAUAAUCAUAAUGUAUAGGGCUGCCCCUUCUUCUUUAUAACUCCGAUAGUCAACGGAGUUAGACACAUUUCAUUCUUUUUGGUCGUUUUCAUAUAACACUAUUACAGAGUCAUAUGUUUGUUUAUAGUAGUACAUGUAUUUAUUUAUACACGCACAUUUUUCCUUUAGAAAAAUCUGUAAUUAUAUAUAUCAAUAUGGUUAAUAAAUAUUAAUAUCAAAAGUGUGCAUAUCUUGAAAUAUGAAAAUUUAGUACUUUGAGCUUUUAAGGUAUAAGUUAUUUAUCUGUCUUCAUAGUAGUGUUGUGACUGUAUAUUUGCAUUUCGCGAGAAGUGUUAUUAUGAAUGCUUAUAUAUUGAUAAAUGUUUGCAAGUGUAUUGGUAGAAGCCAAAAAUCGUAGUUCCUAUUUACGUUUAUGUAUCUCUAUUUAAUGAUGGAUAAUAUUUACAUUUGGUUGUGUAAUAUAGAUUCUUAUUUAAGCAUGUCUUGCCUCUAAGUAAUCACGAGUUGUUACAUGUUAUUCCUUGUUGGUUGAAGCCUAAAACCCCGGUCCCAUGCUUAAGUAGAAGUUAUUUAGUGAUGGUGAAUGAGAAACCUGAUGUAGUACAGCUACA